AUGACCGCGCCCACCGCCGAGGAGACCGCGGCGGCGCUGUGCGACGACGUCGCGGCCGCGAUCCACCCCGACCUCGGCGUCCUCGGUGACAACGCCGAUCGCGUCCGCGCGGUCGCGGACGGCAUGCUCGCGCGCCUGGACGAGCUCGACGCGAUGCUCAGAUCGCUGCGCGACGACGGCGCGGAGCAGCGCGCCGCGCUCGAGCCCGCGCUCGAGGCGCUCGCGGGGGGACUCGCGAGGGACUUCGCGUACGUCGACAGCGUCGAGGACACGGUCCGCGACGUCGGCAACGCGGUCGGCGCGAUGGAGGAGCGGCUCAGCGCGCUGGAGCAAGGGCGGUUCCGACGCGCGCGCGUCGCGGACGCGGAAAACGCGCGCGCGAGCAUCGAGAGCCUGUUCGCGAAGAUGGGGGGGGUGACGGCGUCGAUCGGGGAGCGCGCGGCGGGCGUCGCGGGGGAGGUGGCCGCCGCGGGCGCGGCCGUGGGGGUGCCGUGGCUCGCGCCCGCGAGCGCGGCGGCGAGCGCGGCGAACGACGACGACGAAGCCGAGGAGUACUGGGAGAGUUGA